AUGAUUUACAAUCAUACAAUAUUCAGAAAAAAAAAUUAUCGAGAAGGUCAUAUAUUAGUAGCUAGUACACUUCGUGUUAUUGGAAAUAUUUAUCGACAUUUAAAACAAUUCGAUGACGCUCUUCAUUAUCAUUAUAAGUCACUUGAGAUGCGUGAAAAGCUUCAAUCACCAGACAAUUUCUUAUCAAAACAAGAUCUAGGUGAGACUUAUCUUGAAAUGGGAAAUACAAAAGAUGCUAUUGAAUGUUUUCACUUUACUUAUGAAACAGAAAAAAUUGAUAAACAUUGUGAUUUUAAACAGGCUGAACAAAUAUUUAAAGAAAUAUUACUAACACAACAUGAAUUAUAUCCAAAUGGAAAUUCGCAAAUUGGUACAACAUUACAUCGUAUGGGAACAAAUUAUUUGGAAAUGAAUGAAAUUGAUGAAGCAAUUCUAUGCUUUGAAAAUAGUUUAGAAAUAUUCAAGCAAUUUCAUUCAUUAGAUCGUAACGAAAUUAAAUUAAAUGUCGUGUUUUUUGAUAAUUUAUCGUUCGAAUAUAUUUCGAUUACUCAUAUUCAUGACUCAAUAUCAAAUACUUCCUAUAAAAAUAACAUAAUAUUGAUGGAACAACCAAAUCAAUCUAAGACUGAUUGUAAUAUUCAGUCGAUAUCUGCUGAUAUAGCCGAUGAACGUGGAAAUGAACACUCAAGACAAAUAGAUGAAGAUCAAAACUCGAUCAAUCUCAAAAACCAUCAACGUUUCACAACAUCUAACAAUAAUUCUCAACCUCGACUUAAAACAAUAGACUCAUGGAAAAUCGAUUGUUGUUGUUGGUUGAUUGGAUGUUGUUAUAAAUAUUAA